UAGUAGGAGCACCAGGUCAGAGCAAACAGCAAACACUACAGCACGUUAAACUGAGAGGCUCUCUUCAUACGUCUCUCAGCUUGGUAAAACAAAUCGUGUGUGUUCACCAUGUUUAUCCGGGCGUGUAGCUCUGUGUAGCGGACUAGCAUUAGCAGAAUAGCCAUCGUUUAGCGUACAAACAGGGACUGUCUUGUGCUAACUUUAGCUCACGUUAGUUGCUCGUGUAAAUUGCCCUGUGCCUUUUCCCCACUGCUGCUACGGACGUGCAUAUACAGCAUGUGUUGCUGUUGUACAUCAGCUGAUUUACAAUGUCUGUAGGCAUCCUCUAUGGCUGGUCAGAGCUCUGUCUGUGAGUAGUUUGCAUGCAGUCCAGGUGAUUGGAAAAAAAAAAAAAAGGUGAAUAAUUCCACUUCUCACGCAAGUCAUGAAGGGUUUUCUGAGGAAGGUACACAGCGUCUUUGUGAAGAUCGCCCUGUUUCCGAGCACAUUUGGCAGGACAGGCCCGCGGGCAGCUGCCUCAGAGGUGCUGACCUGCCACCUGCUGCAGCGUAAACUCCCGCCGUGGACGUCCUACUGUGUCCGCUACAGCUCCGUUCACAAUGACCAGUUCGGACUGUCCAACUUUAAUUGGCGAGUCCAGGGAUCCAACUACCAAAUACUGAGAACAGGCUGCUUCCCCUUUAUAAAGUAUCACUGCACCAAAGCGCCCCCAGAGAAGCUGGACUUUGAGGACACGUUUUUCACCAUGUUGAAAGUUCUUAAUCUGGGCAUCCCCUGUUUGGCCUAUGGCAUUGGUUGCUGGAUGGUGGUGGGAGCUACAGAGACGGUGCAGACAAGUGUUGGACCUGUUACAGUCUAUUUUGCCUACAAAGAAGAAGAAGGCUCACAGUACUAAACCAUGAAUAAAACAGUUUUUUGUGUAUUUUCAAAAAGACUCUUGACUGCCAAGCUGCUGUACUUAAAACAGUUCUGGUGGACAGAUUGUGUUAUGUCCCUAGUGCUCUUAUUGUGUGGUUGCACAGGUUCAUUUGUGUUUGAUUAUUUAAGAUUUAAGAGUUGCAGUGGUAAUGCAUGUUAUUACACUGACACACAAUACUUACAGUUUGUGCGGAAAUCUGACUUGUAAAAGUAUAUUUUUUGCAACAAAUAUUAAAGGGUGUAAAAUGACUGACGUACUGGCUGUGAUGGUUUUCCUGCUACAUGGACUUAACACCUGUGCAUAAGAGUCAGCCAGCUUCUCAAAUAAGAUCAUUUUCUUCAUAUAGCUAAAGUCUUGAAUAUUAAAGUGAUACCAACCGUCAUCAUUUAUUUGAUUUGAUGUGAUCAUAUCUUUUUGCUUCACUUUGUGUAACAGGAUUUUAAAUAACCCUGGUUCAUUUAUUUAAAGGUGAAUUAGUGAUCACUAUGCAUGCAACAGAUAGUCAAUAGUGUUAGAGAAAAACCAGUGACAAGACAGGUCUGAUAAAAUAGGUUUUAAUUACCAAAGUGUGGCCUUUGUUUCGAGACAUCUGCAUCCCUUCCUUCGGGCCUUCACUGGCCUUUGAUUUCUAGUAAUGUGCUUUGCUGACAGGGCACACUUACUUCUGCUGCAGAGUCCUGCUCCCUCUGAGAGGCAGGUUGACAAACUGCCAUAUUGAUUUCCUCACUCCACAGCAUCUCCUACGAAUAGCAUUUAUCAGGGACCUCAAUUUUCUCUCCUUGGCCUCUUCAUUUUUUAGCAACAAUGAAACCGGACACAUAAUUUCUUGUUGUACAUGUAAAUGAAUGCACCUUUUGACCUGCUGCCCAUGAUGCACCGCCUCUUCGCGAGUGUCCUGUUGUGUAAAUCGUGCUCGUCUUAUGCAAGAGCAUUUACAAGGUAAUUGAAUCAAAAAAAUAAUAAUUUAAAUAUCAAAAUGUGUUGAAUGUUCCUUCCUCGUGGUCUUAUGGUGGGAGACUCCAUUCAUUUGUUAGGCCAACACAUAUACUAGCACCACCAUCACCUCCUUUUCCAAAAAAAAGAAAGAAAACUGCUUAGCUUUGCUGAAUUACGCACACUAAUAACUGAAUGAGAUAUUAAACAGAUAUUUAAUGUCCCUGGAUGAACAGUAAUUUGCAUAUUUUUAUUCUAAGCAAUGUAAACUGUUGUGUAAAAGAAUUUCAACCCUCAUGCGGAAUUCAUGCGCAAAAUCCUCUUAAAACAGCGUGAUGACACCACACUGUCUGUUAAUCAUACUAAUUGCCUCGAACACGGAACAUUUAGACACACUUAUGGAAAUCUGAUCCAUAGUAUCAGGCUGCACUUAAAUCCCCCCCCCCCUUUCAUUUACAACCUUUCAUCAGGACUGAAGAUGUGCAUGGGGAAUGCUCAGGCAACCAUGUCUUAAUUACUCAUUGACCCUUUGACCCACGAGCUGCAUUGAUACCACCGUACAGCCAGACACAAUUGCGUGGGGUUGCAUCUGACUGCAGCUUUGUGCGCUGCUUUUACAGGAUGAUGCG